ACAGAAUUUCCCACCUGAAAUGUCAUCAUGUGUGUUUGUGAUCGAACAAGCCUUGUCAGUACGUGCUCUACAAGAAAUGGUGACGGCAUCAUCUUCCGACCAGGGCAAAGGAACUCAGUCGGGACACAGAACUUUGCUGUACGGACAUGCUGUACUCUUAAAGCAUAAAAAUAGUAACAUGUAUCUGGCUUGUUUAUCUACAAGCUCCUCUAAUGACAAACUAGCCUUUGAUGUUGGUCUACAGGAACAUUCUCAAGGUGAGGCAUGUUGGUGGACAAUCCAUCCGGCUUCAAAACAGCGAUCAGAAGGUGAAAAAGUAAGAGUGGGGGACGAUCUGAUAUUGGUCAGUGUUGCUACUGAACGUUACCUGCAUACAACAAGGGAAGAAGAAAAAACCAUAGUAAAUGCAAGUUUUCACCUAACUCAUUGGUCAGUAGCACCAUUCGGGACUGGGGCAAGUAAGGCUAAAAACGUUGGUUAUGUGUUUGGAGGUGAAGUUCUCAGGUUUUUUCAUGGAGGAGAUGAAUGCCUUACCAUUCCUCCUACUUGGUCAGAAGUUCCAGGACAGAAUAUGGUUGUAUAUGAAGGAGGUGCAGUUCUUAGCCAGGCAAGGUCUUUGUGGAGGUUGGAAUUGGUCCGAACAAAGUGGUCUGGAGGGUUCAUAAACUGGGGCUAUGCUCUGAGGAUUCAUCAUAUCACUACAGGACGGUAUUUAGCAUUUAAAGAAAACCGAGAAGUGUGUCUGGUAUCUUGGGAGGAAGCCUCUGUUGCAGCAACUGCUUUCUGCUUAAGGCAGACCAAAGAUGAUAAGAAGAUCGUUAUUGAUGAGAAAGAAGAGGAAUGUAUAGGGUCACCACUGAUAAAAUAUGGUGAUACAACAGUCUUCAUACAGCAUUUAGAUACAGGCCUCUGGCUCUCGUACAAGACUUAUGAAACAAAGAAAAGAGGAGUUGGUAAAGUUGAAGAAAAACAGGCCAUAAUGUCCGAGGAAGGCAAAAUGGAUGAUGGUCUGGAAUUUAGUCGGUCACAAGAAGAAGAAUCUCGAACUGCUCGAGUCAUUCGAAAAUGUGGAGCUUUGUUUAAUAAGUUUAUCAUGGGUUUGGAUUCUUUAAAGGCAAAACACCACUGCUCUGUGUUCACUGAAGCCAGUCAAAACAAAAUGAUAAUGUGCUUAGAAGAUUUAAUAAACUAUUUUGCUCAACCUGAAGAAGAUAUUGAACAUGAAGAAAAGCAAACUAAACUCAAAGCCCUAAGAAAUAGGCAGGACCUGUUUCAGGAAGAGGGCAUCCUAAAUCUAAUUCUGGAGACAAUUGACAAGAUUAAUGUUAUCACUUCUAAAGGAUACUUUGUUGCCCUAUUAGAAGAGGAUGGUGGCCAAAACUGGGAAGCAAUCUCUGGAUAUUUAUACCAGCUUUUAGCUGCAAUUAUCAGAGGAAACCACACGAACUGUGCCCAGUUUGCCCAGUCCAACCGAUUAGACUGGUUAUUCAGCAGGUUAGGAAGCCAGCAAGCAUCUGAAGGUACAGGUAUGCUGGAUGUGUUACACUGUGUGUUGAUAGACAGUCCUGAAGCAUUGAAUAUGAUGAAAGAAGAACACAUCAAAGUCAUUAUCUCUUUGUUAGAGAAACAUGGAAGAGAUCCAAAAGUCCUAGAUGUUCUCUGUUCAUUGUGUGUGGGUAAUGGCGUUGCAGUGCGAAGCAGUCAGAACAAUAUAUGUGAUAACUUGUUACCAGGAAAGAACUUGUUACUUCAGACACAGCUUGUUGACCAUGUUACUAGUAUGCAUCCAAGCAUUUAUGUCGGGAAGGUGGAUGGUUCUGUAAUGUUUCGAAAAUGGUAUUUUGAAGCGAUGGUUGACCACAUGGAGAAGGUUACUCAUUUAGAGCCUCAUUUCCGGGUUGGUUGGGCCAACUCCAUGGGCUAUGUACCUUACCCUGGUGGAGGUUUUAAGUGGGGUGGUAAUGGAGUUGGAGAUGACCUAUACUCUUUUGGUUUUGAUGGAGCUCACAUGUGGACAGCUGGACGGCAUAACUUGGUUCGUCAUAUCAACAGCCCUUACAUCCAGAAAGGUGACGUAAUUGGUUGUAUCCUCGAUUUGAAUAUACCCAUUAUUACAUUUACUGUAAAUGGUGUGAAGGUGAAAGGUUGUUUCAAAAACUUUAACACAGAUGGAAUGUUUUAUCCUGUUAUCAGCUUCUCAGCCAGACUCAGUUGUCGUUUCAUGUUUGGAGGAGAUCAAGGUCGACUACGGUAUGGGCCACCAAAUGGACAUUCACCUCUAGUAGAAUCCUUACUCCCACAACAGAUAUUGACAGUAGAGCCCUGCUUUCAGUUUGGAGAAGUUAAUAAGGGAAUUUUGUAUGGUCCAGCAUUGGAGUUAGAUGAUAUAGCUUUUGUACCUGUACCAGUAGACACUUCUGGAGUGAAUCUUCCUGCAUACAUUGAAAAUGUCAGAGAUAAACUUGCGGAGAAUAUUCAUGAGGUGUGGGCAAUGAAUAAAAUUGACAACUGCUGGACAUAUGGAGAGAUUAGAGAUGAUGUUCUGAAAAGGCAUCCAUGUUUAACAUCAUUUGAAAAGCUUCCCAGUGCUGAGAAGAAGUAUGACACUACAGUUGCACUUCAAACACUCAGGACAAUUUUGGCUCUUGGAUACCAUAUUACACUAGACAAACCUCCUGCAAGAAUCAAGACUCUGAAACUCCAUAAUGAUCCAUAUCUUCAGUCAAAUGGUUACAAACCAGCUCCCCUAGAUCUUAGUGCUAUAACACUUACUCAGAAAAUGGAGGAUCUGAUCGAUCAGUUAGCAGAAAAUACUCACAAAAUCUGGGCAAAAGAACGUACUCAACAGGGCUGGACAUACGGACUGAAUGAGGAUUCCUUUCUUAGACGAAGCCCACAUCUCUUGCCUUAUAAGAAUGUAGAUGAAGUAAUAAAAAAAGCAAACAGGGAUACUGCCAGUGAGACUGUGCGUACAUUAUUAGCUUAUGGAUACAUCCUAGAGCCUCCCACAGCAGAAAGCACUGAAGGUAUGAUAAGCACCACAACAAAAUCAAAGUAUGAUCAAAGAACAUACCGAGCAGAAACUACUUAUGCUGUCACUUCUGGCAAAUGGUAUUUUGAAUUUGAAAUUAUGACAUCUGGUCCAAUGAAAAUUGGGUGGGCUUCUAGAGGAUUUAUUCCAUCAUGUGAAAUAGGUGGAGAUGAAAAUUCUUGGGCUUUUGAUGGUUAUCAGGCUCGUAGAAACCAUGCUGAAGGAUCAGAGCCAUAUGGGAAACAGUGGCAAGUGGGUGAUGUUGUUGGAUGUCUGUUAGAUCUUCAUGAUCGUACUAUCAGUUUUACCCUGAAUGGUGAACUACAACUUGAUGCAAUGGGUGGAGAGACUGCAUUUGCUGACAUUCCUUUAGGUGAAGGUUACCUACCAGCUUGUACACUUGGAAGUGGACAGAAAGCUAAACUGAUAUUUGGUCAUGAUGUUAACACCUUGAGAUAUUUCACUACCUGUGGUCUACAAGAAGGCUACCAACCUUUCUGUGUAAACAUGAAUCGACAAAUGGCAUUUUGGUACAGCAAAGAUGAACCACUUUUCAUAAACAUAGAUGAAUCUGUAACUUCUCAUGUGGAAGUAACAAGGAUACCACCAGGAAGUGACUCUCCUCCAGCCCUGAAGAUAUCUCACAAAAUGUUUGAGACAGUUGAGAAAGCAAACUGGGAAUUUUUGCGAUUAAGUUUGCCUGUUACUUGUCAUGAUGAAUUCAUCAAUGAGACGGAAAAAAGUCAUAGAUUAGAGGAAAUGAAGCGUAAACAGAGAAGAGCUUUAGCAGAAAAGUCUGGCAUUCGUCAUCCGGCCAACCUUGAGCAACAUAUGUUGAAGAGUGGAUUCAGUUUAUCAGACAUCAAAGACUUGCAACGAGGCUACUCUGACGAUGUGGAAACAGUUGAAACUAUGAAAUCACUUAAUGUGGAUCACAGUAAACACCUUACACAACCCACACAAACAACUCUUGCACCACAACGAGCUGGCUCCAAGAGUGCAUUGCAUAAAACCCAAUCCUUUGACUUAACAAUGACAAACCUCUCUAUACCUGGAGAAAGAACCCCUGAUUCUUCAAAAUUGAGAGCUGCAUCCAGUGAAGAGGCACUCCACGAGAAAGGCUUAGACAAGGGUAUAAAGAAAAGUGCCACACCUGAGCCUUCCUCAAGCUUCAGGGAUGAUAAACAGAAAAAGAGAGGCCGCUCUCCCUUCCGCUUCUUUUCAAAGAAAAAGGAAGGCUUGGAGAGGAGAGCAAAAAGUGCUUCAACACGUACUGGAGGAUUAGACCAGAGCAAGCAGUAUGGUUAUGACCUUCCUUCAGAAGGAAGUAAACCACUUUCUUCUCCCACAAGUGCCUCUCUUAGUGUCCGAGCUCCGGUUGUACGAGUUCUGUCUGCCAGCAGUUCUUCUAAUAUUGGGGCACCAUCUGUACCUGAUCGACCAACUAGUCUCACCUGUGGAGGCAUUGUGUCAGGGGGAAUAGUGUCCCCUGAAAGAGCUACAAAUAUUAAUAGGAGGCAGUCCCGUCCUGUUGUUCAAGAGCCAGAAGACACUAUUGACCACGAAAUAGCAAAUGUGGGGCUUGAAUUACUUGAUGAAUACUUCUAUGGUGUAAGAAUUUUCCCAGGGCAAGACCCUAACCAUGUUUACUGUGGCUGGGUGACAACUACAUACCAUUAUUUUGAUAAAAGCUUUGAUAAUAGUAAAGUUCGUAAGGUGAUGUUUCAGCAUUUGGAAGAUGGGUCUUAUCUCGAAGUUUUGGAAAGACAGAACUGUUACAUGGUGUGUGCUGGACAACUUCAUGCAGAAGUUAACCAGAGUGAAGCUGGUGCUCGGAGUGCAAACCAGGGAAUGUAUGUGGGUUGUCACAUCGAUGUCUCUACUGGAAUAGUUACAUUUACUGCUGAUGGAAAAUCAACAAAACACAAGUUCAAAAUGGAGUCUGGCACCAAGCUCUUUCCAGCUGUUUUCUUUGAGGCUACCAGUAAAGACUCUCUUCAAUUUGAACUGGGUCGAACAACCGACACACUCCCAUUGUCAGCAGCAUUACUACACAGCACAGAAAAACAUAUCAGCCCACAAUGUCCUCCUAGGUUAAAGGUCCAGUGCCUUCAGUCUUUUCAGUGGGCUCGAGUUCCAAAUCAGUCCUUGAGACCGCAUGCUCUGAAACUGUCAGACAUUCGUGGCUGGAGCAUGCUUUGUGAAGAUCCAGUCUGUAUGCUUGCUAUCCAUAUUCCUGAAGAGGAUCGCUGUGUUGAUAUCUUGGAGCUAAUUGAAUUUGAAAAGCUAUUAAGUUUCCAUGCCCAUACUCUUGCCUUGUAUGGUGCUCUGUGUUUUCAAGGUAACCAUAGAGCAGCUCACAUCAUUUGCUCCCAUGUGGACACCAAACAAUUGUUAUAUGCCAUCCAGUCAGAAUAUAUGUCUGGUCCACUACGAACAGCAUUUACUGAUCUGCUUAUUGCACUACAUCUAGAAUUUCAUGCUUAUGCAAGAAGCCUAACCCAGAAUGAGUUCAUCAUCCCAAUGGGGUCAGAGAUCCGAAUCAUGUACGAAAACCCCGGUCUUGCCAACUCAUUUUCUGCUUUAGAGUGUGUGUCUAUUAGACCUCAAAUGACCAUGAGUCCUACCCCGGAGAAGAUUGAAUCUAUUAAGAGUCUUAGCACACCAUAUUUCCCUGUUAAUGUACUGAAACAAUUUAUCAUGGAAGCUCUGGAUGAUGCUGUUCGUAAAGGAAACCGUCCAAACCGUGAUCCUAUAGGUGGAACCAAUGAAAAUCUUUUUGUCCCUCUGCUUAAACUAGUUGAUAAACUUCUAUUAAUUGGACUACUAGAUAACCAAGAUUUGGAAUGGCUGCUAGUUCUCCUGGAUCCUGAAACAUUUGACAGAAAUUAUGAUGAAACAACUGAAAACAAAUUAAAAGGCAUGAUAGAAAUGAACUUGGCUGAAGGAGUAAAGCUUCAGAUGUGCUACCUAAUACACCAUUUAUACGACUUGCAGCUGGGACAUAGGGUUGAAGCAAUUGCUUCUUUCUGUGAUGAUUACGUGUCACAACUACAGGGAGACCAAUUGAGAAGAUAUAUAGAAAUAAAGCAGUCUGACCUUCCAUCAUCUGUAGCUGCAAAGAAGACAAAGGAAUUCCGUUGCUCCCCAAAAGAACAGAUGCGAGCCAUCUUAUCAUUCAAGAACUUGGAAGAAGAUCAGUCUGAUCAGUGCCCAUGUGGUGACAACCUUCGAGAGAAACUAAAGUCCUUCCAUGAAUUAAUGAUGAAAAAAGUCAUGCUUUGUGUAGCACAGGCAGAGGAAGAGGACAAAGAAGAGAACUGUAAUGGAGGAGAACCAGAUAAACGUUGGUCUCAGAAGCUGAUGUCCUUAGUGAAUAUUGUUAGCUUCUCAGGAGAGUAUCAAACAGAAGCAUCAGAAGAAAAUAAACCCUCGCAAGAAGAUAUUUUCACCAAGAAGAUAGUGGCUGUUUUGACACGGUGGGCACAAGAAUCAGAGAUUGAAAACCGAGAGCUAAUUCGUCAGAUGUUUAAUUUGUUGUUGAGAAACUAUGAUGGUGUUGGACAGCUCAUGAAUGCUUUGGAAAAUUCUUACAUCAUUGGUAGCAGCAGCCAAGAAGAUGUUAAAGAACUUUUAGGACAUCUUGGGAAAGUUCGAUCCUUGCUUCUUGUACAGAUGGGACCUGAGGAAGAGGAGAUUAUGAGAGACAAUCUAUGUAUCCAGUUGAAUCCAGAAUUGAACAAUGUUGUACAGAAAUUUGCUGAACAUUAUCAUGAUGCAUGGGCAAAUCGGAAGGAGUAUGACCCUGAACUUUUUAAUAAAUCCCUACCUUGUUUGACUGCAAUUGCAUGUGCUUUGCCUCCUGAUUAUUCUCUCAAACCUGGGGUGGAAGAUGAGUGGUGUAAACGUAGUAGUCCAUCAGAUGGACCAUACAUCCCUGAGCCUGUCAAUACAUCAAAGCUUCUAACUACUGGGAAUAGCAGUAAAUCACCUCGUGGGAGUACAAAGAGUCCUGAUGGUACAGAAAGUGAUAUGGCCCUUGCCCUAAAUCGGUAUAUUGGCAAUUCUGUACUUCCACUGCUGAUCAAGUACUGUCACCUUUUUGCUGAUGCAGAAAAUUAUGCCAGUCUUUUGGAUGCUACACUUCACACAGUUUAUCGUCUCUCGAAGGUCAAGACACUCACAAAAGGUCAAAGAGAAUGUGUAUCUGACUUUCUUGUAGCUCUCACACGGGAAAUGCAACCUGCCAUGCUUCUGAAGCUGCUGAGGAAACUCACUGUAGAUGUAUCUGUUUUGACAGAAUACACAGCUGUGGCACUGAGGCUGCUGACCUUACAUUAUGAAAGAUGCAGCAAAUACUAUGGUGCUGCAGGAGGAGGAUAUGACUCAGCCUCUGAGGAGGAAAGAAAAGAACAUUAUAUUCUUUUAGCACGACCUUCUCUUCGAGGAUCAACACCACUGGAUGUUUCUUAUUCUUCUUUAAUGGAAAACAGUGAACUUGCCCUUGCUUUACGAGAACACCACCUUGAAAAAAUUGCUAUUUAUUUGUCCAGAUGUGGCCUUCAGUCCAAUCAGGAAUUGAUAGACAAAGGUUACCCUGAUGUUGGAUGGGACCCAGUUGAAGGAGAACGUUACCUGGACUUCCUCAGAUUUUGUGUUUGGGUUAAUGGGGAAAGUGUUGAAGAAAAUGCCAAUUUAGUAAUUCGUCUUCUAAUCCGUCGACCUGAGUGUUUGGGUCCUGCUCUGAGAGGAGAAGGACCUGGAUUGUUAGUUGCCAUUAAAGAGUCAAUCAAAAUGUCUGAAAAAAUUCAGGCAGAAAGAACUCAACAAAUUGAAAAUGGUGAAGUCUCAGGUGAGGAAGAUGAAGAUUACAUUGACAUGGGUGCUUCUAUCCUAAACUUCUACUGUGCAUUAGUUGAUUUGCUAGGAAGAUGUGCUCCAGAAGCUGCUACAAUUGCUCAGGGAAAAAACGACUGUAUUAGAGCUCGAGCCAUUCUUCGAUCACUUGUUCCCAUGGAAGACUUGGAAGGUGUACUUAGUCUAAGAUUUGCUUUAACAGGUCCAGAAUUAAAACCUGAUGGAGAACCAAAAAGUGAUCUUCCUUCUAGCCUAGUACCCAACCACAAACAGUCUAUUGUAUUGUUUCUGGAGAGAGUAUAUGGCAUUGAGAACCAGGAAACUUUCUUCCGUCUGUUGGAAGAUGGUCUUCUUCCAGAUCUCCGGGCAGCUACCAUGUUGGACAGGGACACUUCACAUGAGAUGGUUGUAGCUUGCUGUCGUUUUCUUUGUUAUUACUGUCGAUCUGGUCGUCAGAACCAAAAGUCUAUGUUUGACCACUUGGAUUCCUUAUUGGAGAACAGUAACAUACUUUUAUUCUUACAUCCUAAUCAGAAAUCAACAUAUUUCAGGGAUUUAGUAAACAACAAAAUAUUUUUUCAACAUCCUGACUUGAUUCGAAUAUUGCGUGUUCAUGAAAAUGUUAUGGGUGUUAUGAUGAACACUUUGGGAACCCAGUCUGCUGCACAAGCUGCCUCCUCCAAUCCUGCAGCUACAUCUCCUACUAGUCCAGGACAGACUCAGGAAGCUCCUGAUAAGUUUGAAAAUGGAUGGAGUUAUGGUGAUUACUGGAACUAUGAAAGAAAAAUUCAUCCCAGAUUGAAACCCUAUAACCUUCUGGCUGAAUGGGAAAAAGAACGUUAUAAAGAACCAAUAAGGGAAUCAUUGAAAGCUUUAAUUGCAAUUGGUUGGAAGUUGGAGUUGGGAGAUGGUGGAAAAAGUACCUUGUCUCAUAUUUCUUCAGUGAGGACAGUGUUUUAUUAUAAGUCUGGUGACUCUCCACAUAACUACAAUCCUCAACCGGUAGAUAUGUCCAAUCUCACAUUAAGCAGGGAUAUGCAGAAUAUGUCUGAAAGGUUAGCAGAAAAUGCCCAUGAUUUGUGGGCAAAGAAGAUGAAAGAAGAACUUGGUGGAGAUCUUCAUCCUCAGAUGGUUCCUUAUGAUUUACUAACAGACAGAGAGAAACGUAAAAACAGAGAACGCUCGCAAGAGCUCCUGAAAUAUCUUCAGUAUGAAGGAUUUCAGGUUUAUGGACUGCACCAGAAAGCUGAAGAUACUCAAGAUGUUCAAACUAAACCCAAUGAUUAUAGAGCUAGAAAAAGACGUGGAACAGAGUCAGAACAAAUAUCAUCACCUGCAGCAGGAGAAAGACGAUUUGCAUCCUCAUUAUUAGAGAAACUUCUACAGUAUCUUGAUGUGGCUGCUAUUAACAUGAAGGUUCUGAAGCCUAGUGCUAACUACAGUAGACGUAACAGCUUCAAAACAUCCACAAGGGAUGUCAAGUUUUUUAGCAAAGUUGUAUUGCCACUUAUGGAGAAAUAUUUCUCUGCUCACCGUAUCUUCUUUAUAAUGGCAUCUUCACCUACAACCACGGUUGGAACAGCAACAAUCAGAGAAAAAGAAAUGGUUGCAAGUUUAUUCUGCAAGUUGGCUUCCUUACUACGGGAAAAACUUAGUGUCUUUGGAAGUGAAGCUCGUAUUUCUGUUAGAUGCUUGCAAGUUCUUAUACGAGCCACUGAUGCCAGAACCAUCACCAAGAAUUGUCCAGACUUCGUAAAAACAUCAAUGCUGACAUUUUUCAACAAUUCAGCUGAAGACCUUGCCCAAACUGUAGUGAAUCUGCAGCAAGGAAAGUACAGCCACUUACGUGGAACUACGAUGAAGACCUCUUCUUCAUUGAACUAUGUCCAGUUAGUUCUUUUGCCUGUUUUGACAUCUAUGUUUGAUCAUCUAGCAGCAUGUGAAUUUGGCAGUGAUUUGCUGUUGGAUGAUAUCCAGGUAGCUUGCUACAAGAUCUUGAACAGUUUGUACAUUCUAGGAACAGAUCCAGAAUUGGGUAGUGACAGGAGGUUUGUCAAGGCUGAGCGUGACAGACAUCGCCCAGCAAUUGGAAACUGUCUUGGUGCCAUGGCUAGUACUUUUCCUGUUGCGUUUUUGGAACCACAUUUAAAUAAGCAUAAUAAGUAUUCUAUUCAUGGACGUCUUCAGGAACACUCCCUUGAAGCACAAGCUGUGAUGGCAGAGUUAGAAUCAAGCAUGCCAACUGUUGAGGAUAUUAUGCAGCAGGUGGACAAAUUUGUAAACAGUGGUUCCAAGUACUUGGAUGUUCCUCAUAUCAUUGAUGUCAUGUUGCCCAUGCUAUGCAGUUAUCUCCCUUUCUGGUGGAGUCAGGGACCUGACAAUGUGAACUUAACAACAGGAAAUCAUGUUACCAUGGUAACCAGUGAGCACCUCAACAAUCUUCUAAAGAAUGUACUUAACCUGAUUAAGAAUACCAUUGGUGUAGAAGGUGCUGCCUGGAUGAUUAGCAUUGCAGCUAAUGCAGGCCAAAUCAUCAUAAAUUCAUCAGAAACACUGUUAGAAGAUCCAGUCCUACCUUUGGCAGAAAAGAUAUUUUCACGAGCAAAUGCUGUUUUUCAUAAAGAAGAGUUGUUGCGGGGCUAUCUCAAAUCGUCCACUGAUGACACAUCUCUAGUGGAGGGACAGCUUCAAGAGGAUUUUUCUCUACUUGUUAGAGAUAUAUAUGCAUUCUAUCCUUUGCUGAUAAAGUAUGUGGAUCUACAGAGGGGUCACUGGUUGAAACAUAAUAUAAAGGAGGCAGAACAAUUAUACAACUACAUUGCUCACAUUUUUAACCUCUGGUCCCGCUCACAGUAUUUUCGACGUGAGGAACAGAACUUUAUUUCACAACAUGAAAUUGACAACAUGGCACUAAUCAUGCCAGCAGCAGGUAGAGGGCAUGGUGCUGUACAAAGUACAGAACAUAGUAGCACAUCAAAAAGAGUGAAAAAACGAAGAGAUGGAAAAAGAGAUAAGGACAAGGAAAUAGCUUCCAGCCUGAUGGUUGCUUGUUUGAAACGUCUUCUCCCAGUUGGCUUGAAUCUCUUUGCUGGGCGAGAGCAGGAAUUGGUUCAGCAUGCCAAGGAAAAAUUCUUGGAGAAACAGCAAGAUGCUGAUAUUUUUGAUUAUGUAAAAACUCAGCUGACUCUUCCAGAUAAGAUUGAUCCUAGUGAUGAUAUGAGCUGGCAGCACUAUUUAUAUAGUAAACUUGGCAGUAAGAAAUCAACACACACAUCACCAAAUGUCACCCCUGAUCAGCUAGUUGAACGGAUCAUUGAUAUGGCCAAAGUUCUGCAUGGGCUACAUAUGAUUGACUAUCCUGAUCGUCGGAAAGACAGAAAAAACUUCAGCAUAAUGCAUGUUUUGGCUAAUUUGGUUAUUGACCACCCCCAAGGGCAGCAGAAAGGGGUGUGGCGCAGUGUGGUCUCAACACAGAGAAAACGUGCUGUAAUUGCCUGUUUCCGAAUGACCUCACUUCACAGUCUUCCUAGGCAUCGAGCCAUCAAUAUCUUCCUGACAAUGUACCGUGAGAUCUGGUUAGAAGAAGAGAACAACGGUCAUGAACAACUUAUUGAAGAUCUCACUCAAUCUUUUGAAGAAGCGGAAGAGAAACGUGGCCAGGUAGAGGAAGAAGACAAACCUGAUCCUCUUGCUCAGCUCAUUGUUGCUUUCUCCCGAAACGCUACAACAGAACACAGUGGAACAAUAACAGAAGAUGAUUUGUACAUGCAGUAUGCUAUUAUUCUUGGUGAAAGCUGUGGUGGUGCAGAAGAAGAGGAGGAAGAGGAAGGAGGAGACGAUGAGGCAGGACCAUCUAUACAUAAAAAAAUUGGUCUUAUGAUGGAACAAGAGAUGGAAAAACAAAAAACACUUUUCCAACAAGCACGACUUGCUGAUCGGGGAGUGGCGGAGAUGGUGCUUUUGUACAUAUCAGCUUGCAAAGGAAUUCAAGGACCAAUGGUCAUAAACAGUUUGAAGCUGGGGAUCUCACUGUUACGUGGAGGUAACAUUGAUGUUCAAAUGCGUAUGUUGAAACACCUAAAAGAGAAGAAAGAUGUUGGAUUCUUUACAUCUAUAGCUGGUCUCAUGAACUCCUGCAGCGUGCUUGACCUGGAUGCCUUUGAGCGGACUCAGAAAGCUGAGGGUCUUGGCGUUGGCUCAGAAGGAACUGCUGGAGAGAAGAACAUGCACGAUGCUGAAUUCACCUGUAAGCUUUUCCGUUUUCUUCAGCUACUCUGUGAAGGGCAUAACUUAGAAUUUCAAAACUACCUGCGAACCCAAGCAGGCAACACAACAACUGUCAAUAUUGUUAUCAGUACUGUUGACUACUUAUUGAGAUUACAGGAGUCAGUCAUGGACUUUUAUUGGCAUUACUCUAGUAAGGAGGUCAUUGACCAACCUGGCAAAGACAACUUUUGCAAAGCUAUAACUGUGGCCAAACAAGUAUUCAACACUUUAACAGAGUUUAUUCAGGGACCAUGCCCUUUGAACCAACAGGCUUUAGCACACAGUAGGUUGUGGGAUGCUGUUGGUGGAUUUAUGUUUCUUUUUUCCCACAUGCAAGACAAACUCUCUAAGAGUGCCAGCCAGCUUGAUCUGUUGACUGAGUUGUUGGAACUGCAAAAGGAAAUGGUUAUCAUGAUGCUUAGUAUGCUAGAAGGUAAUGUUAUGAAUGGAACUAUUGGUAAGCAGAUGGUGGAUACACUCGUAGAAUCUGCUUCUAAUGUAGAGAUGAUCCUGAAGUUCUUCGACAUGUUCCUCAAACUACAGGAGCUCACAUCUUCUUCAGCAUUUCAGGAGAUAGAUACAAAGAGAAAUGGGUGGAUUACACCAAAAGAAUUUCAGAGAGCAAUGGAGCAACAGAAAAUCUAUACUCAGGAAGAAAUUAGUUACCUAAUGAGUUGUUGUGAACCUAAUCACGAUGGACUGAUUGACUACCGAGAAUUCACUGAACGUUUCCAUAAUCCAGCAAAAGAUAUUGGUUUCAACCUUGCUGUUUUGUUGACCAACUUAUCAGAACACAUGCCUAAUGACCCUAGGCUGGCGAGAUUUUUGGAAACAGCAAGUAGUGUUCUGAAUUAUUUUGAGGCUUACUUGGGCAGGAUUGAAAUCAUGGGAGGAAGUCACAGAAUAGAACGAGUCUACUUUGAGGUCAAAGAAUCAACAAUAAAACAAUGGGAAAAGCCACAAAUCAAGGAAUCCAAACGAGCUUUCUUCUACAGUAUUGUAACAGAAGGUGGAGAUAAAGAAAAACUGGAAGCUUUUGUUAAUUUCUGUGAAGAUGCAAUCUUUGAGAUGCAACAUGCCAGUAGCAUCUCCAUGGAAGAUACUGACGAGGGACCAACUAAAACCUCAGAUUACCCCUUUCCUGGAUCAGAGCAGGAAAAACCACCGUCUGCUCUGGAACCGGUGAAGCAAGGAUUGCGUUACAUCAAGGAUGGUAUACUAAAGGCUCUUUCCUAUCUAGCACCUGCUAAUCUUAAGAAGCAGUAUGCAAAAUUGCGACAAAAAACUUACCUGGAGUUAUUAGUUGGGUUUUUCAAACUCAGUUUUUACAGCGUUUUCAGCAGCUUGCAGUUUGUGUACUGCAUCACAAGGUUUAUAAUAAAGUUCAUCAUUAUGUUGAUGGGAGGUCAACCAAUAGGUCAACCAGUGGAGGAAGGAAAAGCUGAAGAGCAUAAUCGUAAGCCUGUCUUCAUGGUUCCAAUGGCUGUACCACUACCUAUAGAAGCGCCACCUGAAACGUCCAAAACAGGUGACCAUACAGACAUGCCAGGCACUAUACAUGCUUUUGGACUGGAUAUCACCAAAGAAGAAGAGGGUGGAGAAGUAAGGUAUCACAUGGCACCAACUCAGGCUCAUCAAGAAGUUACACCACAGUCAAGUGUUGAAUUUUCUGAAGGGAGUGAGGAAGAAGCUGGGAAAAAUCAACAUCCUGAGAAGCCACUUGAUGGACAAGUUAUUUCAGAUGGAGUAACUUCACCUGUUAAUCAUAUGGAUGGUGAUGUGAAAACAAAAGAGACACUUCAUGCUUCUCAAGAAACAAAACUAGGCACAGACUCUGCAACUCAAGCCAGCAUACCUGGUGUCCAGGAUAAUGUCCUUCCACCAGAGAUGUCAGCAUCCAUGGCACCAGAGCCUCAGAAGCCUGUUGAGCCUCCCCCGGUUGCAGCCAUUGACUUGAGUGAAUACACUAACAGGUUUGUGAGCUUCUUGGCAAGAAAUUUCUACACUAUGAAGUACAUAGCCCUGGUCUUAGCAUUUUGUAUCAAUUGCAUUUUGCUUUUUUAUAAGGUGACUACUGAUGAAGUUGAAGAUGUUAUUGCAGACAAGCCUGAAAUUACUGAGGUUCUUAACAACAUUACUGAAGAGUUGCUAGGUGGAGACAAUGAUCUAGGAGGUGGUGAGGAGGAUGAAGAAGAUGUGGAGGAAUGGUUAAUAAUAGAAGAAAAGUUCUUCUACUUGGAGCACAUUAUACGUCUGUUUGCUUUUCUACACUCUUCUGUUGCUUUUUGUAUGUUAAUAGCUUACUACCACUUGAAGGUUCCUCUAGCCAUCUUUAAACGAGAGAAGGAACUAGCAAGAAGAGUAGAAUUUGAUGGACUGUUCAUAUCAGAGGAACCAGCUGAAGAUGACAUUCGUAGCCACUGGGACAAACUUGUGAUAAGUUCAAGUUCAUUUCCAGUGAACUACUGGGACAAAUUUGUCAAGAAGAGGGUUAGAGAGAAGUACAGUGAGACAUAUGACUAUGAUGCCAUCAGUAAUCUCCUUGGAAUUGAUAGAAGUGGAUCUUUUACUCAGGACAAGGGAUUGGGUGGAUUCCUUAGUUUUAUUAUAGAUGUUGACUGGAAAUAUCAGAUUUGGAAAGCUGGUGUCACCAUUACUGAUAAUUCAUUUCUCUACAACCUCUGGUAUUUUGCUUUCUCAGUAAUGGGUAAUUUCAACUACUUCUUCUUUGCUGCACAUCUGUUGGAUGUCGCUGUGGGUUUUAAGACACUUCGUACUAUUUUGCAGUCGGUUACACACAAUGGAAAACAGCUGGUAUUGACUGUGAUGCUCUUGACUAUCAUUGUGUACAUAUACACUGUCAUAGCUUUCAACUUCUUUCGCAAGUUCUAUGUUCAAGAGGAGGAGGACCAGGUUGACCAGAAAUGUCAUAACAUGCUUACAUGUUUUGUCUUCCAUUUAUACAAGGGUGUCCGUGCUGGUGGUGGCAUAGGUGAUGAGAUUGAACCUCCAGAUGGUGAUGAUUAUGAAGUUUACAGAAUUGUAUUUGACAUCACUUUCUUUUUCUUUGUCAUUGUUAUCUUGUUGGCUAUCAUCCAAGGUUUGAUUAUUGAUGCCUUUGGAGAGUUGAGAGAUCAGCUGCAGAGUGUGGUCGAUGAUAUGGAGUCCAACUGUUUCAUCUGUGGUAUUGGGAAGGAUUACUUUGAUAAAAUACCGCAUGGUUUUGACACUCAUGUCCAGAAAGAGCAUAACCUUGCCAAUUACAUGUUCUUCUUAAUGCACCUGAUCAAUAAACCUGAUACUGAGUAUACAGGUCAGGAAACAUAUGUCUGGGAAUUAUACCAGAAGAGAUGCUGGGAUUUUUUCCCUGUUGGCGACUGUUUCCGCAAGCAGUAUGAAGAUGAAUUGAUGGGAGGAGCCGGCUGAUCACGUUUGUACCAUCCAGUACUUCUCUACAUAUUUUAUGAAUACUUAAACUAGCUUGUACAUAAGAAUGUGCUUAUUACUUAUGUGUAGAGCUGCUACACUAAAACAUAGUUCCUGUUACAAGAAUGUAGUUUAUAAUCUUGCACUUCCAUCCUCCACUGUCAACUUUCUUUUAAACCUAGCUAGAAAUAAUUCUCCAACUUAUUUUGUUUAGUGCAAUAAACAGAAGUGCCAAAGGUUGAGAAGGCAUUGUACAUUUAUUUAUAAACCCAGAAGUGGCUUAUUGCUGUACAGCUCAAAAAAAAAAAGAGAGAUAAUGAACAUUUGAAAUAAUCCACUGCAGAAGUUUGACAAAUUGUUUGCCAUGGUAGGUGUGGUUUUCUAUAAACUAGAGUAGAACCAUGUGCAAGUAUUAUAAAUUUUAAAACAUUGUUUUAAGUGGUUUGACUUAGUCAUUUAUAGUAGUAUAUUUUGCAUUUUUGUUUAAAUUUCUAAUCUGGUAACCACUAAUAAUAAUAAUCUUUUGAGUUUCAUAAUGAAUUUCUUUUGGAUAGUUAGUUGUAUCAAAAAAAAACCUUUUGCAAUAAUUACAACCUACACGUAAAAUAUCCAAAAUAGGUGUGCAGAUAUCUCGUAUUCUUUACUUUGAAACUUUUCUGAUUGCACGAUGGAAUACUGUAGUGCUGUUCAUUAGAAAACUAACUUCAAAACACUGACAAAAUUAAGAUUAAAGAGAUAAUCAAGCAGACAUACUGCAUAAAAAAUUCCAACUUUGCACAAUCCAAGAACACUAUAAAUUAAAUGCAAACUUAGAUAUUUAAAAAAAAAGUAUAGUAACUUAUGUACCAAUUACAAAUGAGCCAUAUUCCAUUAUAGUAUUCACAGUAGUAAUAAUCUUCCACAACACCUUAACAAAAUAAAAAUCAGUUUAAAAUUUCAUACAAGUACAAAGAAAAUGUUAUAUUUUCGUUUUCUGCUGGCUACUUUGUAUAAUAUCUUACAAAUCAUGUUAUAUUAAAUUUACUAUCAAAUUAGUAAUAUAAUAUUGUGUUACAGCAUCCACGAGUACUUGUUACAAACAAAUGUACUCAAGAAGUUAGUAAAUGUGCUAUUUUGACAAUAGCAUAACUUAGAAUUUGAAUAAACUGAUUUAUAUAGUAGAGCAGUAGUGUAAUCUAUAUUUUGCAAAUAUAUAUAGAAUUAUCAUCUUGAUUGGUGGUGGAAGGUAAAACAAGCAAAAUGAUUUAACUAACAC